GGCUUGCGAAGUGGAGGAAUGGCUAGUGGAUGGCCGCCGGGAAUACCAAGGGCCGAAAACGGAAACGCCGGUGAUUGCGAAAAAAGAAAAGUCUAUGUGGAGAUCCCAUCCCGAGUUUGUGCAAUGGCAGCGUAAUGACGUGGAUUUGCGAGCGAGUGCGGGGGGCGAGAGACAGCAAAAGUGGACCGAUGAGCAGAGAACGGGGAAAUGGGC